AUGAAGUUUCUCUGUCUUCAUGUAUUGGUCCUGGUUUGUGCUGCAACCCAAAUUUGCCAGGAAGUUGCCGGACCUGUGGAUCAGGUGGGCUCAGAUGAACGUAAAUUGGUGAAGCAAGUGAGCCUUCAGAAUGUUGAACCAGUUGAGCAGAUGGACGUGAUGGAGGGUCAAGUGGUGAAGCAGGUGGGCGUUAUGGUGGGUCAGAUAGUGGAGCACCAUCUCACCGGAUGUCACCUGGUAUUCAUCACUAUUAAACGACACUCACACCUUACAUCCACCAUACUCAGGCUAUGUAACAACGAAAACUUGUAUCUUAGGCGCCUGAAUGAAAAUGGCGAUGGUGUCGUGUUGGUAGAAGCAGGAUCGGUGUUUUCUCUGGAUCAGCUGACCCAGAAGCAUCUUCUGAAGAGGCUGUGGGGUGGCACAAAGACCUCCUGCCGGGGUCUUAUACUCGACCUUAGUGAUACCAACAGAACCGGUGUCGUCUUAAGCUUAGUGGAAGCGUCAGGUUUAUGGAAGUUAUCAGAGACGGUGGUUGUGGUGGUAGGUGAGAGGUCGUCAGUGAAGGAAGUCCUUCUCCACCACAGUUUCCGAAACACUGUCAAUGCUCUCUAUCUGGCUCUCCACGACCCACAAUCAUACCGUCCAUCACGCCUUGGGAAGAGCCUAUCACUGAAAGCAUCAUCGGUGCCAGGCAGUGUGUGGCUGUACCGUCGGUGUCUGUACUGCAACAGCGGAGACGCGGACGUCCAGCUUGUUGAGCAGUUGUAUCCCGCUUUGUUUAUACAGCUGCCUAACAAUCUCUUUGCUGAACAGUUGCAGAACUUCAUGGGUCACCAGAUCAAGUUCAUAGUGAUGCGGUUCUUCCCAUAUUCUGACUUCAAACUUCUGACUGACCAGUCAGGGUCUCCAAUCAGUUUCACAGAUUGUCUUGAUGCCAGACUCGCUUCUGUUAUCUCUUCUGUAGUGAACUGCAGCAUGGAGUUUCGUGAGACGCGAGAACGUUCCUGGGGGACUGAAAGUAAUGGCAAAUUUAACGGAAUGUUGGGCGAGUUUCAACGAGAAGAAGCUGACUGUGGUGGACCUUUGGGACCAACAGAAGAGCGGCUUCGUGCAAUGGAAUUUGUCAGUGGAUACGAGAUUGAUGGGUUGAGUUUAGUGUCUCUUAAACCCACACUCCUGCCACAACACCUGUCGAUAAUAAAGCCAUUUACUGGAGGUCUUUGGUUGGCACUGAUGGUGAGUGUUGUAGUGUGGGGUGUAGUCGUGUGGCUGUUUCAGCAGGCAUGGCACUGGAUGACAGGAGGUCAGUCAGUGAAGCUCAGCACCGCUCUCUUAUUCAGCUGGGGAACCAUCCUGAACCAACCACCGAUCAACCAGUCCGUCAGUGACUCUGGAAAAGAGGAGAAGACAGAGGCGUUGCGGUUAUACCAGUUGCAGGGUGCGUUCUAUUUGAUGUUUCUGGGCUACGUCACAGCUUCUUUUGCGAUGCUGGGAGAACAGAUACAUAAAUAUCUUAUUGAUCUCCAGUAA